AUGGGGCGAAGAAAGAUUGAAAUUAAGAAAAUAGAAAAGAAAAGCAGUCUGCAAGUAACAUUCUCGAAGCGGAGAAUAGGCCUGUUCCGAAAAGCCAGCGAACUCAGCGUUCUCUGCGGUGCGGAAAUCGCAAUCCUCGUGCAAUCUCCGGCGAAUAAGAUCUACUCAUACGGCCACCCUUCCGUCGAAACUUUGCUCGACCGCUACCAGACCGGCGGAGGUGGCGGAGCAGCCUCGAGUAUUAUCCCUUACAGGGAAGAUGGGAGGAGUAAGUACGAUGAAGCUGUAAAGAAACUCGAGAUAGUAAAGAGAUCAAUGAAGCAAGAGAGUAACAGUAGUAGUAAUACAAGAUUCUGGUGGGAUGAACCGAUGGAGGGCAUGGAACUUUACGAACUUGAGGAAUAUGCCGAAGCAAUGGAAGCUUUGAAGGAUAACGUCUUGCGCAGAGUGGACGAGAUGGAGAAGCAGAAAUCGAUCGCUGCUUCCGCUUCCAUGUGGGAUCUUGAUCCUACUUUCCAGAUUAAUUAUCAAGAUUUCGAUGGAUUUGAGAGCGAUUUAGAAGAGAUGUUGAAAGGGGAGGCCGGAGAAAUUUUUUAA